GCUUUACUCGUUGAUGGUUUUCUUUUUUCUCGUUGUCUCCUUUUCAUCAUCAUCAUCGCAGUACUUUUUCCUUACACGAACAAAACAAGCAGAGCAGCAACUGUUCAGGAAAAUAUCAAAUUUCCGUCUUCUAGCUCGCAGACUAAAUUGUAUUUCCAGUUGAUUGAAUCCUCCGGAACCGCUGAACACACGGGACAAUGAUUCCGCAAAUCCAUCUGGAGGUAGGCGUCCGAAUCCGGAUCGGACAACAUUACGGAACCAUUCGCUACAUAGGGGAGGUGGCCAACACCGACGGCGAUUGGGUCGGUGUGGAAUGGGACGACCCCCAGCGAGGCAAACAUUCCGGAACGGUGAACGGAGUCGAAUACUUCCUGACUGGUGUCGAGAACUCAGGGUCGAUGAUACGACCGGAGAAGAUUCCCACCUUUUGGACGUUGCUGGAGGCGAUCCACGACAAGUAUAUUGUGACGGAGGAUACGCUUCGAUUCGAUGCAGAAAUGAUGAAGGAAGUGCAGAAACAGCUGCAUGCAUCGUUGUUUGAGGUCGUCGGAAUGGAAAAGAUCGGCGGAAAACAGAGUAACUUAAGCCACCUGGUCGACGUAUCGGUGGCUUAUUCUCCAGUCAAUUCCACGGGGGAUUUGUCCAGCUUCAAAAGCCUCCGAUCGUUGGAUGUAUCCGCUACAUUACUUUGGAAUUGGAAAAUAGUGGGAGACAUGAUGGCCCAGGUUCCUACCCUGGAGGAGCUGAAUCUUUCUAACAAUCGUUUGGUUAGGCCAACCGAUGAGGAGAUAAGUUCACUUGUGAUGAAAUUUCACAACUUGAGAAAGUUGAUACUAAAGAAAUGCGCACUCAGUUCAUGGUCGGAAUUGGUGCGCUUAGCUCGAAUGUGGCCACUGUUGGAAAACUUGUCUCUGGAAGAUAACGACAUAUCCCUGGUCACGGAGGAAUAUUACGAAUUCGCGCUGACACAGUUACACAGUCUGGAUCUUCAGAACAAUCGCAUAAACGGACGGGAAUCGAUUCACGCUCUGGGGCGCCUCCCGGCGCUGCGGGAGUUAUCCCUGAAUGCAAACGGAAUCGAACAGAUUGCUUUCCCGGAUUGUCCUCACACGGAAAAGACCGCGCUUUUUCCACAGCUUCAGAUACUUUACCUGCGAGAGAAUCCCAUCGCAAACCAGUGCGCUGCAUUUAACGAGCUGGACAAACUGAGCGCGCUGCAACACUUGACCAUGGACCCGGACCCGCGCGUGAGUUAUGAAGAAACGGUUGCCCGAGUGGUUGGUUCCAUUGCCGGGUUGAAACUUUUCAAUCGAUCAGGAAUAACGGAAAAGCUUAGACGCGAUUCGGAGUGCGAUAUGUGGAAAAUGUAUGCCGUCCAGUGGGCUCAGGUUAGAACCGAUGCCCAACUACUGAAGGCGUUCUUCAAGGCGCAUCGGAUGUACCCGCGGGUGAUGGACAGAUUGGGCAGCCCGGAACAAAUUCUCCCGGACAAUCGCAAGGUUUCCAAUAUGCUGAAUCUUCACCUCUUGAACGAGCGUACCGGGGAAACCCGCCAGAAGAAAGUCCCCAAACGGAUCAACCUGCAAACGUUGGAAAAUCUCAUCAUGAAACUUUUUGGAUCUUCGGAACAUCCCAAUCCGCUCCAGUUGGCACUACUGGAUCGGAAACGCGACGUACGCAUUCCCCUGGACAACCAUGGUAAGAGUUUGGACUUCUAUUCGGUCGAAGAUCAGGAUACGAUCGUUUUUUAAUCGCUUUUCGCGUUGAUGCGAAUAAGUAGCUUUAUUUUACUGUGUACUAAAUUUUGCAGUGCAACCAACACAAAUGUCCGUACAAUUGUAUGCUUUCUUUCACUCGUUGCCUCAUGUUGAUUCCAAUAAAUUGAAAGCUAUAUUUAUUAAUAAUUUAUUUGCACUGAAAAGCACAUUCAAAAUUUUGCGUAAAACCAAUACAAAGAGAGACGUAUAACAAAAUGACAAGUACAGAUAUCUAAAAUUUGUUAUAAACAAUUUGAAAACAGGUUUUUCAAACCAACUAUAACACAUCAAAAUAAAAACUAAACAAAUGUUA